AUGUCGAGCCACGAUGAUCAAAUCAGACCCACUAGGAACCUCGAGGCACAGAGUGCCUUUGCGUCUACCUUAGUGAAUGAUGUUGAAAAAGCUGAACUAUCCAAGAUCAGCGAAGUGUCGGACAUACAGCACAAAAGCCUCUUUGGGCUUGUAAUGGAAACCCCUAAGAUCCAUCCAGGAAGUGAUGCUGUUUUCGCGGCCAAGGCCCAACUCUUGAAUCAGGCACUGCUGGACAUGGGAAUGGGGCUGUAUCAGUGGAUGCUUUUCUUGAUGACUGGCGUUGGAUGGUUUCUUGAUAGUUUCUGGAUCAUGUCAUUCCUAGUCAUCGCCCCAUCAGCUGGAAAUGAAGCUCAGUUCUUCUUCACUGGUGAUAACACCGAUUAUCUCUUUAUUGCCCUGUUUGUCGGUCUCACUGUCGGCGGCACAGCAUGGCCCAUGAUGUCGGAUACACUGGGUCGAAAGUGGAUGUUCACUAGCACGAUCGUGCUGAUGGGAAUGGGUGGUUUAGUCGGUGCGGGCAUGCCUUCGUUCACGGGGCUGUGUGUCGUCGGCUGCGUUGUGGGAUUUGCUGCUGCUGGAAACCAAGCUGUCGACGUGAUGAUUCUUCUGGAAUCGCUGCCUGCGUCACACCAGUACUUGGUCGCCCUUCAGGGUGUCUUCUGGGGAUUGGGACAAUUAGUGGCUGCUGCAGUGGGAUGGGCUUUCAUCGCUCUAUACACAUGCGGCACCGGGCCUGAUGAAGUGAGUACCUCGCAAUCGAUGAGCAGCAACAAACGUGCCCUCGGCCAUUCAAGCAGCUCCUCGUCCUGUCACUACGUCAGCAACAAAGGCUGGCGCUACGUAUGGUGGACCUUCGGGUGCAUGACUCUCUUCCUAUAUCUGUGUCGUUUUGCAUUAAACCUACACGAAACACCAAAGUUCCUUCUCUCACGACGCCGCGACGCAGAAGCAACCCAGCUUGUUAAAGAUAUUGCUCUCUACAACAAGCGCCAGACAUGGCUUACUGAAGCAUCGUUUGCACGGGUUGAUUCCACAAUCGACGCCUCCGAAGCUGAACUGCGCACGAAGUCUCGCUCCCAAGCCCUUGUUUCUUCGCUCAAUAUUUACGGCGCAGUGUGCCUUGUCCUACUGUGGAGUGUAACCGGUUUGACCUUCGUGCUUCACCAAACCUACAUCGGUAAUUAUCUCGCGGCGCAUGGUGUGGCCCAAGUGAGCGCGACAACGGUCUCAAGAUCCUACCUUUACAGCCGGUACCUAUAUAUUGCACUCUGCGCUAUACCUGGUCCACUCGUGGCGGCAAUCUUGGUCGAAGUGAAGGGCCUGGGACGGAAACGAACGGGAGCUGGGAUUGCUAUUUUGACUGGGCUGUUCAUGCUUCUCGCGACUGUGGCCCGGUCUCGCAAUUCCGCGCUGGCUUUCGAGUGCAUCGUCGGCUUCCUCCGUUCUGCUGGCAUUGCUACGCUGACGCUUUAUACUGUUGAGGUUGUGCCGACCACAGUGCGUGGGUAUAGUCUGGGUGUCAUGGGGUUCUUUUGGGGGUUUCAGACGGGGGCCCAGUUUGGAUGGCAUAAUGUCGGAAAACAAGCCCUCACUUCGUUGCCACAUGACCAGAAGUUCAUUGCUGUGAACAUGAAUUACCGCCUCGGAAUGCUUGGUUUCAUGAAUCAUCCCGAUCUGCCGUCGGCAAAUGCAGGCCUGUUGGAUCAGCGCAUGGCCAUGAGAUGGGUCAAGCAAAACAUUGCCGCAUUUGGCGGUGAUCCAGAUAACAUUACUAUUAUAAGCCAAUCUGGCGGUGGAUGGGCAAUUGCAGCGCAACUGGGCCUUUACGAUGGCCAAACUAACGGAACCUUCCAAAGGGCUAUCGCGCGUUCCAUCCAACGAGAACCAAUGUUCACAACCAAGGAGUUGAUGCUGCGCAACACUGUUUUGUCGGAGCAGCUCAAUUGCACCAGUGCAGACCAGCUGGCUUGUUUCCGCAGUGUUUCCGUACCCGACCUAGUCGACAUCUUUCAGACCAUGUCGAUCGCAAAUGGUACAGAAGGUAUCUUCGCAGACAAAGUCUUCGGCUACCAAGCAAGCUUGGGUCCGACUAUUGACAGCUUAACCCUAACGGACUCAGUAACCCGUUUAUUCAAAAAUGGAAAAACAGCCAACGUACCUACGAUUGCUGGAUGUGUGAGUGACGAGGGGUAUGAUGGCUGGAUCAAUGCCUAUCAGAUGAAUCCAACUCCGAAAAACACAACUCAACUGGAUCCUAGCACCAACAGAAUCACCAAUCUUACUGACGCCGAAGUUUACGAGGUAGCCUCGUUUCAUCCUGUGAGUGCUGGGUAUGGCGCUGUGACACCGGACAACUUUUUCCUGGACGUUUUCAAGUCAUAUUGGAUGGCCUUGGGUUUCUUUGGUGAGGUUGGCAUCUUUGGUUCUGAGAGAAUGAUGGAUCGCUGGCUGAGCGCAGCUCACGGGUCCAAACACAUUUGGACUUUCCGAUUUAAUGCGCCUCAUAAGUCAAUAUCUUACUACCAAACUUCCGCUGUGGAUAUUGCUAACACAGAGAACUCAUAG